ACUCCAUGACUCUCGCCUCGCUCGACUAUUUUCUAUGUUGUUUUGAUUGUUUUCGUUUGUAGUGGUAACACUCAACACUGGUCAAACUUUUAGGUUAUAAAGGUUAUACGCAUAUUUUUAUUUCUUGCUUGCGAGACACAUUAUUAUCAUGAAUGGAUUCUGGUUCUGAAAACAGUUUUGCUUGGACGGACACGUCAAGUGACAGUUUCAAUAGCAGUUCCAAGGAUGCAGCGGAGGUUGACUCACUAUCAUUUAAGAAAGGUGGUCUCAACAGUCAUCACACAAUGAAAAAUAAAGAAAAGAACAGGAUAAACAAAAAUGAGGAAGAGUGUCAAAUAAAUAUAAAAAAAGAAAAUAGUGAAGUAAGCAGCAACAGUAGCCAUAAGAAGAAAAAGAUAAAAUUAGAACCAGAUAGUGAUACUGACAAAAACAAGAGAAAUAAUAGAGUAAAUGACUUUGAAAUCAAUGGAAAUCAACAUGAAUCCCAGCAAUCUGGCCCGUAUGAUGAAACUUUUCUUGACAUGAAAGUCAAGCAGGAAGAAUCAACUGUUACAACAAAGAAAAAAAAGAGCAAAAAGAAAAGGCGAUGUAGUGUUGAUAGUGAUGUUUCAACAACUUCUACUAAGUUAAGAGGCAGAACCAAUAAUGAACUUAAUAGCAACAGCAGCUAUAGCAAUUUACCAGAAUCUGAGCCAGAAAGUGGGAAAACAAAAUCAAAAAAAAAGAAAAAGAAGUCAAAAGAAAUUUGUCACAAAAGUGAUGAAGACAUUGAAGACAAACUUGAAAUAGGAGAAACAACAAUAUGCAAACAAGAUGUUAGCUAUGCAACUCAGAAUAAUCAUAGCAUAGUGAAUCAUAGUCUUGUAACAGAUAAUCAUUCAAUGGAAGAUGAAAGUGAUGAGAGUGGUUGUAAUGAAAUAUCAGCUAUCAAAUGUGAUACUGAUACAACUCACACCAUUUCAUUUAUCAACAACAGUACUACUAGUAAGAAUCCCAAAACAGUUUCUUUGAAUAUAACAGAGCCUACCAAAGAGAGGACACCAAGAAUAUCAGAGAGGAUAUUGUUUGAAUCUGAAGAUGAUGACAACAUGGAGGAUAGUACAAAAUGCGGUGAUGAUUACAACAGUAAUCAAAAUAUGAAAAAAACAAAACAAUUCCUAAAAGGAAAUCCAAACUUAAAGCUUGUUUCAGAAAAAAAUUAUACUAAUCUCACUCAAGAUGAUGAAAUAUGGAUUCUUAAGUGCCCAAAAGAAAUUGAUAUAAGAAGUUUUGCUGGGAAAAAUAUCAAUUUCCAUGGAAAAUGUAAAAUUAAAUUUGAUGGUCAAACUUAUGAUGGGAACGCUGAAGGAGAUAUUCAAUCAAAUACUGUUACUGUAUUAACAAUGGAACACAAUAAAUAUAAAAUUAAAAACUUGCCUCUAAAUGGUAUAAUAGGGUUACGUAAAAGGAUCCCUAAAGCACAGUUUCAUGACGAUAAUGUCAUGGUUAACAAUCAAACAAAUUUCAUACCACUUCCUGAAACAAAAUGUCGCCAUCCUCUUUUUGGUUCCAACUAUAAAAAGGCUUUAAAGAUACCGGCAUCCAUUGCGGAACGUUUAAUCAUGCAAGAUAGUAUAGAAGCUCCCUUAAAAGCUGAAAAGAGGAAAAAAAAGAAACACAAGUCAGAUAAAAAUGCAGUAGACCAAGAGACUCCAGAAACACAAGAAGGAAUCAUGAAGAUAGAACCAGACAUUACAAUAGAUGCAAGUGAAAAGAAGAAGAAAAAGAAACGGAAGAUCUCAGAUGAUGCAGGUCCUGCACCAAAGAAGUUGAAGAGAAUAAAACAUGAUCCAGAAUCUGCAGAGGCUUGGGAGUCAGAGAAAGCAAUUGAAGAAAACCUUUUUAAUUUUUGAUAAAUAUGUUAAUGUUGAAC